CUACCGGUAAUUGUACCGUACCAGUACCGUACUCGAGUGUUGCGGCAGGGCUAGGGAUAAGCAGAGCAAAAACUAAAUGGUCUGGCCGACGAUGGUUGGACUGUUUUGAAGUCGCUUGGGGUACGGUACCCCUUAGGGACUUAUAUAUAUCGCUGCCUUCUGCCCCCCGCUGGCACUUUAUUCAUCUGCUCAUUAGUUCUUUGACCAAUUUUUGUUCAUAGGAAUGGCUCCGAGAAUCAUCACCCUCAUUCGCCACGGACAAGCUCAUCACAAUGUCGAUCAGAAAUACCAUUUGCCCGAUCCCUACCUAACACCCUUGGGCGAAGCCCAAUCUUAUAAUCUUUCGAAUAAGUUCCCAUCUAAGCCUCCGAUCGACUUACUUGUUUCCUCUCCGCUGAAGCGAACAAUCCAGACAAUGCUUUUCGGAUUCAAGAAGCAUAUCGAGAGUGGUGUCAAGAUGGAGCUGUUGGCAGAGCUCCAGGAGUCGACUGGCUUGCCAUGUGAUACUGGCAGUAGCGGUGAAGUGUUAGAGAAGGAGGAGUUGUUUCAAGGACUGGAUUUUACCAGUCUUCCAGAUGAUUGGACUUCGAAGGUAUUAUGUGCUCCUCCACGCACCCUGGGGGACGUGGCUCUCGUGCUAAAAACUAUUAGGAAGGGAAAUGGGCACCCGAGCCUGAUUCUCUUAGGGAGCGCGCUAGAUUCGUUCGUAAAUGGCUCAAGUCCCGACCGGAAAGCCAUGUUGUCGUAGUCCUUCACGGUGGUGUAAGUUUACCGCACCCUAUUCUCCUUGUUCUGGGUACUUGAUUAACAUUUGAAUUGAUAGUUCCUUUACUAUUUAACAGAAGGUUGGGAUGGCGAUGGCAACCUCCCGGGCCCGAAGUGGGGACACACUGAAUUCCGCUCCUAUGUCUUUGCCGACGGAGAUGAGGAUGGUGCAUUGGCUGUUGAGACCGAUGAAUCGAAGGAGAGAAGGAAGGGAAGUCAGGAUACGCCGGGGACGACCGAGACGAAGCAGUCUGAGGAGAUGACGAGGAAUUAGAAGGGAUGGCUACUGCGGUAUUGUUUACAUGAAUGACUUUGUAGUGGGAUACCCGGAUCGAUUGCAGUACCGCACAGUGCUCCAGAGUAGAGAGCGACAGCAGAAUUUGCAUUUGUUAAGGUUGUAAUUUCACUAUGCGAUCAGUGCCGCAAUAGUUCAACCGGCACCGUAUAU